AUGGCCUGGAACAUUAGGGGUUUGAACCGACCCCUGAAACAAAGUGAGGUUCGUGUUCUUGUAGCUGAAAAUAAUUUAAAAGUUUGUGCUAUCUUAGAGUCUCAUGUGGAAGUUACGAAACUGGUUAAAGUUUGCAAUAAUGUGUUUAGAAAAUGGAAUUGGACUUCAAAUGGUGGUCUAUGUAGUCGAGGCACUAGAAUUAUUUUGGGUUGGGAUACGGAUUCGGUAGAUCUCAUGGUUUUGGCACAAUCGGAUCAAGUGAUACAUGUUCAACUGAUUUUCAAGGCCGAUAAGAAAGUUCUCUUUGGCUCGUUUGUGUAUGCCGAAAAUAAGUAUCAGGAUCGGAGGGCCCUAUGGGAUGAGCUAUGUAAGCAUAAUAGUCUGUGUUAUGAUAAGCCCUGGUUUGUGAUGGGGGAUUUUAACACGACUCUUUAUCAUGAGGACUCGCUUUAUGGGCCUUCGAAACAUACAAUAAGCAUGAGGGAGUUUAAUGAUUGUAUUCAGAAGUUGGAGCUGUUUGAUAUCAAAGGGCACGGCCUUCACUAUACUUGGACUCAAAAACCAAAAAAUGGCGUGGGGCUCUUGAAGAAGAUUGAUCGGGUUAUGGGUAACUUUAAGUUCCUUGAGAUUUUUCCAGACGCUUAUGCCAUGUACCAGCCGUAUAGAGUGUCUGAUCACUCUCCGUGCAUUUUAAAGACGAACAUAAGUGUGGCAAAUCGUGCUAAACCGUUCAAAUUUCCUAACUUUAUUACUGCCAAGCCUGAAUUCAGAAAGUAUGUUGUCCAGGAAUGGUCGAAGAGUAUUGAUGGAGUUCACAUGUUCUCGGUUAUGAAGAAACUAAGGAGCCUAAAGCCGUAUAUGAGAAGAAUUUUGUUUGAUCAGGGGAAUCUCCAUACAAAGGUGAUUGAGUUGAGGAAAAACUUGGAUGACAUCCAGAAGAUGAUUGAUAAAAACCCUCUGGAUGCUAGUUUACGGCAAAUGGAGGUUCAAUGUCUUCAUGAUUUUCAAUCAGCGGCUUAUGAUGAGGAGUGUUUUUUAAAACAAAAGUCUAAGGUGGAAUGGUUAUGUGCCGGUGAUUCGAAUACAAGUUUUUUUUCAUAA